AUGGACGACAACGACAACACGGACACGGGCAGCUUGAUCGACCUCUACGAACUCUGCCAAGUUUUGGACGAUACUGCCGCCAUGGACGCCAUCGUGAGCGUCAUCUUGGCGCUAUACUUGGAACAUGGCGGCAGCACAAUUGGUCGCGAAAAAAUCGAACGGGUUUAUAAUAUCACCGAGCCAGACUGGCCAUUGAGGCGGGCUGUUGUCGACACCUACGUCUGGAUCCAAGAUCCGGUCAGUGUCGAAUAUUAUGGCACAGUCGAGAACGAGCAGUUCGUCGUUGGCCUUGCCAAAGCUUUGAUCGAGGAGAAUUUUGCUCUGAAAAGCCAGUCGGCCGGCUCGGAAGCCAUUGAUAAAGUCGAUUACUGCGACUACCAUCACCACGAGAAGGAUGCUCCGUGUCCAACAAAGUCUUCGGAUAUCAUGCAAGGAAGCAUGACGAGGACGAGAGAGUCAUCGACUGCAUUGGCGAGGCAUGGGGCUGGGAGUCAGCGAUAUGACGAAAGGGAGUUGCAGAAAACGGACUAUCACAUGCUUCUUGGCAGCAUGCUCGUGUGGUCAGUGCAUAGCCCCAAGAUCGUGCCCUUUUUGGUCUCACUACCUUCCAACAUCCACCAAAAAGCGAAACUGGGAGGACGGCGAUGA